AUGGGAAUUUUGAAAGGUAAAGAUACGGCUUUAGAACAUAUUGAAAAGUCAAAAUUGGCUUUUCUGGCAACGUUAUCCGAAGUGGAGAAGGACCUAUCGACAAAUGCAAUGCCGCCCAAAGAUCAUUUCAUUCUCAAAUUUGAUCGAAAUUCGAUUCGGAAUUUGAAAGGACGUGUCUACGAAACUAUGAAACAAUAUGCUUAUGAACAACUAGGUGAAAGUAUUCCGGCGUCUGUCAAUACCAAAGGAAUUGAAAGUGGUCUCAUUAAUCCUACCAAACCACCAGUACCAAUUGUUGGUCGUCAAUACGUCGCUUGUAUUUAUGAUGAUCUCAAACUAAUCGAUUGUUUGAUUGAAAUCGGUCCGAAAGAAGUCGACGAUUUAGUUAAAACCGCCAAUGCUCGACGCAAAUCAGUUAUUUAA